AUGGCCGACUUCAAUCCGGCCUUCAAGAUGACCAACGACUCUUUUGCCAGCAAGUGGUUCCAAUUCGGCUCCAUCCCCGCCCGCUCCACGGUCGUCACCUCCGGUCCCACGCAAAUCGGAGCCACGGCUGCAAGCCCUUUCAGCAUGACCUACGCCAACUCGGUCUUCUCCAAACUGGUCGGCAAUGUGGUCGAGGCCAACACCACAUCAGUGCAGUCGGCAGUGGCGGAGGUGACGAUCAGCUGA